CAACGACGAGAGCGGUUCACGUUCCGCGUCUGCGCAACUUGAAACUUCCUGUUUUCAUCUCAGAGAUUUUCGCUUUAACCCGUGGGAAAUAUUAUAUAGAAUUACCAAAUUGUUUAUAUUUAUUUAUUUAUUAAAAUUUAGCGCUUUUAUCGCAAUUCCAUAUAUCGAGAAUGUUCGAGUGAGAUAAAUAGUCGCUCGUCACAAAGGAUAAAGACUAAUUCCCCACAUUCUAAGUACAAUGUGCGCCAUCUGUUUUCCUCUCUCAACAGAGUGUGACAAAAGUAGUGUAGAACCUUGUUCACAAGAAAAAAUGUUUUACGUUAUUGGAUUAGGCCUUGGAAAUGAAAAAGACGUUACUGUCAAAGGUUUAGAAAUAAUCCGUAAAUGUCAGAGGGUUUAUUUGGAAGCUUACACGUCAAUUUUAACUGUUGGAAAAGAAACCCUGGAAAAAUUUUACGAACGUCCAUUAAUAUUAGCAGACCGUGAACUCGUUGAAAAUGAGUCUGAAGAAAUUUUAUCGAAUUCCGAGAAUGAAGAUGUUGCAUUUCUCGUUGUUGGCGAUCCUUUUGGUGCAACCACUCAUACUGACUUAGUACUGAGAGCCCGGGAAAAGGGCAUAAAAACCGAAAUUGUUCACAAUGCGUCAAUUUUGAAUGCCAUUGGCUGUUGUGGUCUUCAACUUUAUUCAUACGGCGAAGUGGUGUCAAUUCCAUAUUGGACCGAAACUUGGCAGCCGGACAGUUUUUACGAGAAGAUAGGGGAAAAUCGAAAACGCGGUCUUCAUACACUAUGUCUGCUUGACAUUAAGGUCAAGGAACCGACUUUAGACAGUAUUAUGAAAAAGAAGAAGGAAUACAUGCCUCCAAAAUUUAUGACUGUUGCUGAGGCCGCUAAUCAGUUAAUUCAAAUUAUAGAAAGAAAAAGAAAUGCCGAGACUAAUUUAGCUUUUGAUGAGGAAAGUUUAGCAAUUGGCUUAGCUCGAGUUGGAUCCGAGGAUCAAAAAAUUGUUGCCUGCAAUAUUUUCGAGAUGAAAAAUGUCGAAUUAGGAUCUCCACUUCAUUGUCUUGUAAUACCUGGAGAAAAGCUUCAUCCACUUGAAGCCGAAUUUCUCGAUCAAUUUUUAAUGAAAGAAAAUGUGAAAUAAUUCAAGGUCGCUAUUUUAGAAUCUGGAACUCGGAACUAUUCCAGAGGCUACAAUUAGAAAUUGCCAAGAGAGAAGGAGAGAGGAAGUAACGAAGGAAGCAGAGAAACAAUUUCAUGGAAUAAACGUUUUCUCAGGGUCAAGAUACAAAAAUAUUUUAAUACAUCCGCCCGACAAGAAACAAAAUAUGAUGCACCUUGCGUCAUUUAUUCGAGAAGAAUAAUGGGAAAAUCUGAUGAUAUAUUUUUUAUAAAUGGAGAUGUAAUUGAUUAACUAGAUAAUAAAAAUAAAAUGUGUACAUUUAUCUUUAA